AUGGGGUUGUCAGGAGAGGGGCUCCUGGCCUUCGAGUGGACGAUGAUUGCUGUUACCAUUGCUCUUGUCAUUGCACGUCUCCAUUUGAGGUUCAAUUACAUCGGAAUUGGGUUGGUUAUGAGUGACUGGUUCAUCUUCGCCACUUUGGUGUGCAACACAAUGUUGACAUGCACUGAUACAUAUCUAUACGUCCGGGGCGUUUGGUCUGAAAGCAUCGACUACUACGUAGCUGGCUGGGUACUAUCAGAAAAUUACGAGCUUUCAGUGCUUAAGGUCUUCUACGCUUCAGUCUUCCCGUGGUAUCUAGCACAAUAUCUCAAUAAGGGAAUAUUGAUCACGCUCUACUACCAUGUGACGGUGAGUAAUCUUUGCUCAUCGUCAUGCUUGAAUUUGCAGGACAACAUAGCAUUUGGGCUACAUUUUGCCAAUGAUAUCUUGAUCUUUAUCUUCCCCCUUGUUCUAAUCAGCCAGUUGCAGAUGUCUAAGGCUCAGAAGAUCAGCACGAGCAUCACUUUUGGUCUGGGUAUUCUCAAUAUCGGCAUUACCUUUACCAGAUGGCUUAUCAACCAGACAGCGAUUGGACCAGACGAAGACCUUGCCACCGCUCGUGAGUAA